UCGUUUGUAGGGUUACUCUGUGAAAAAGCCGAGUGGAUGCAGUUUUUUGGUCUAGAAGGGAAUCGGAGUGUCAUUUUCUUUGCGUUAGCUUAGCAAACGUUUCAGAUAUGGCCUUUUCUUUGAGAAUCAGCCUCAUCAUAGGCCAACAUCCCAGAGUCCUUUUCUCUGAUACGGAUUGCACUGGUAUUUGGCAUGUACCUGUAUUGUUUUUGUCAUGGAAGAAGCCAUCUGAGGAUGUUGUCCAGGUUCAAACAGAGCUGCAGCCAUGGUUGCAAAAGGGGCUUCAAAAUGUAAAACCUAAGCCAGAAAACAAUCCACUCUCAGAUUUGUAUAGUACUUUGCUGCAACGCUAUGAGAAGCAAAUGCAAUUUAACAAGGAGCAGAGUGAUUUAAUUUUAGAGCUUUAUGGAAGGUUGCAGUCACAGGAGACUCAACUUCAAGCAGCACAAGAUGUUGUAGACCAGUGCAAUCUGCUGCCAUUAAACAGACGGUCCAGCGGUGCAGGGAGAAAAACUGUUUACACCUCGGAGAAAGUGUCAGCUUGCAAAUGUGCAAGUCAGAUAUUCUGUGAUCCACACUGCCACUGCACAGAAUUUAGAGUGGAAAUUGAAAAAUUGCAGAAAGAGAAUGCAAGACUGUCCAAAGAAAAAGAUAUUUUGAAGAUGGAACUGGCUCUUCUAGAUAAAGACUUUUUUGAAGAGAUUGAAGAUCUGAAAUUUGCACUGCAAGAAAGUGCUCAACUGAACCAAAAAUAUGAAAAGUAUAUUAAGCAGAUAUCUUUAAGAUAUGGACUUCCUGUUCCUGGCGCAUACUCAUAUUAUUCUGAAUAAAAUGUUCAA